AUGGGCAAGGACAGCAAUGGCUAUACACCGCUACACUGGGCCGCAAUGAAGGGUAACGCCAAAGCAGCAUCAUUCCUUCUAGAGAGAGGAGCCGAUGCCUUGGCUGUCACAUCUUCUCACGAAAGCACCAUGCAUUGUGCUGCCCGUGGUGGAUCGAUACAAGUUGUGAAAUUGUUGCUUGAAAAGGGAGUUAAGCUCGACCAAGGCCAUGUGUCUAGGAUGAUACCGUUGCAAGAAGCAGCAGCAGUGGGAACAGCCGAGUUCCUGGGAUUAAUCUUGCAACUACUUCCGGAGGGAAGGAUCAGUGCCUAUGAUUCUAAAACAGGAUUUACUCUGCUACACGAGGCGUCCAUCGCAGGAAAUGUGGACGUGGUCAGGAUGUUGCUGCAAAACCCUGAAGUCCAGCCCGAUAGUGUAGACACGCUUGGACGUACAUCACUGUUGCUCGCUGCCGUACCUGGAAAUGAAGAGGUUGUUCGAAUGCUGUUUGCUGACGGCCGAACCAGACAAGAUGUUCAAGAUUGGUGCGGGUCAACAGCCUUGUUUGCCGCUGUCAGGAACGCCCGCAUAGAAGUGGCAAGAAUACUCCUGGAAGCGGAGGGAGGAAAUGUAGGCGGUGAAGACGGCUUCGGCCAUGAUCUCUUCUGGUGGGCACGAGGUACUGGAAACGCAAAGAUGUUGAAGCUUCUGACGCAACACUUGGGCAAGAGGGGUUCUGGCGCAACCUACAAGCCAACAGGCAGACUACCGAUUGGUCAGAUUGAGGCGGUGAUAGAUUACUGCGAUGCGUGCUUGCUUUGUACAUAUGAGCUCGAUGAAUGUUCACUUUGUAAGAAUUCGUCGUUCGGUCUAUGCCGGGAUUGCCGCGCUGCGGUCAGCUUCAAAUGCGAUGACGGUGUUCAUACCAGAGCAGAAUAUAGUUCUCACUACAUGUCCGAGUACAGGAUCUGA